AUGGCAUGGACGGGGAUAUGCCGGAGACGAAUACUAUGGCAGGUUAAGCAGAUGUUACUGGCGAAGAAGGACGAGCCAAUAGACAACAUCAAUGACUUACCUUUAAGUGUUCUGUUCCACAUACUGGAAUCCAUGGACGUAAAGCAUGCAGUGCAGACUUGUGUCUUGUCAAAACAAUGGAAGGAGCUUUGGAAGGGUAUGGCUACUUUCUCUAUGAAGUCCACAAGGUUUAAAAGGGUCAUUGAUUUUAACAAAUUUGUGUCUCAAUUUCUUUCUCUUCGAGAUUCUUCAAUCUCUUUGUCUAAAGUUGAAGUUGUUCUACACCGUUCUUCUCAUGUCAAGAAGCUGAACAGGAUCAUCACAUAUGCUGCGUUGCAUCAUGUUCAGCAAAUGUCACUGCAUCUUUGUUUCUAUAUGUUGGAUUCCAAAUUCCCUUCAUUCAACCUUCCAUGUUCAUCUUUGGUUUAUCUUCAUCUUACCCAUAAGCACUUUUGUCAUCCUGUGUUGAAAUUUCCAAACUUUCUCCUUCUGCCAGCGUUAGAAGUGUUGCAUCUUGAAAAUCUUUGUUUCAGUGCAAGUUACAGCGAUUAUGCAGAACCCUUUUCGUGUUAUAACUCGCUGCAAACUUUGAUCCUUAAAGAUUGUUCUUUAUACAAAUUUGAUACUGAAGAACUGCUCAUAUCUAAUUAUAAUCUUUCCAGUCUCAGUCUGCACCAUUUGAACAGAACACCUUACAAAUUUUUUCUUUCGACUCCAAUUCUUAGUUUUCUAACUGUGACGGGUCAAAGUUAUCUCUGCAAUCUUUCAGUAGAACAUAGUAAAGUUGGAUCCUGGUUGAAGCAGUUUGCUAAUGUAAAAGAACUAACACUCCCUGAUGCUGCCGUUGGAUUUAUUUUAGAGGUUCUGUCAAAGCAUAAUUUAGUGGAAACUCAAAUUGCUUGUUUUCCAAAAUUAGAGUCAUUGAAACUGAUAAAGGAUAUGCACAGUGUAACGUCUGAUGAAGCUGUAGACACGAUGGUGAAGUAUAUACAUAAGAACUGUCCAUUAGCUAGAGUUGAUUUUAUAAAUGAGAAAUGA